AUGGGUAUCACCGGUAUCUCAUUGCUACCAGUAUCAACGGUCAAUAUCAUAGCUGACACCAUAGGGACACUCGUGUGUAGGACUUCUGGCGGGCUUCCUGCCGCCAAAGUAACCUGGUUCAAGGAAGCUUCAACUGGACGUGUUAAUUUAACAUCAUUUUCUACUAGUGAGGCCUCAAUGCAGGACGGGCUUAUUGUUGUAACCAGUACAAUAACAUUGCGGCCAUCAAAGAACGAUAACUCUAUUAGGAUCUACUGUAAUGCCAGUAACAUUGGAGCACUUUACAUAUCACAGACGUCCAUCAUCAAUGUGUUGUAUAGCCCCGAUACCCCGAUAUGUACAUACCGGGAAUCAGUAGUUACAAGUGUUGUACAUGUAACAAGAGGUAGUACUCUGAACAUCACCUGCACGAGCACCGGUAACCCUCCUGAUAUCACAUACAUAUGGACCUUACCAGACACAAGCACUCGCAACGGUUUUAUUUUCAGUGUCGUAAAUAUUCAACCCUAUCAGAAUGGGCAGUACAGAGUGAGUGUUUCGAACAACAUGACACCGACAAUUGGAACAGCUGUGAUAGGAACGAACAGUGUCACGAUGCUGGUAAUUGUUGAGUAUCCACCGUUAUCGCCUACACUGAAGAUCGGUAAUAUAACCGUGUCCGGUACAAUUAGGAUAAUCGCUGGCCAAUCCGUAACAAUAAGUUGUUCCAGUCAAAGUAAUCCUCCGCCGGACUUAUACUAUUGGGCCCCUGGCGGUACUAGAAACAUCACCGAUCUAGAAUUAAGAAACGUUCAGCCAUCGGACUACGAUGGCGUUUAUACAUGCACUGUUCAAAACCACUUGUCGCCGACUAGAGAUAAACCUUUUACAGGAAUGUCGAGUUCCAGUGUGAACCUAGAAGUCCUUUAUCCUCCAGCCAAUCCAAAAAUACAUAUUGACAAUACGCACGGUAUCGAAGUUCUCGGGAAAAAGUUAGGCAUUGUUUACGGUGCAAAUAUUACGCUCGCCUGUCAGGCCGACUCCAACCCAUCCCCAACAUACUCCUGGCCCAAUCAACUAUGGACAGGAAUAGUCAAACAAAAUAUCACAAUUACUUGCAACGUGUCCAACAUCAUGAACCCCACAGUACAUGCACGGGUGUCAGGAAAUAUUGUCGCAACUAUAACAUUGUAUGUGAUAUAUGAACCUGAACAACCAACUUUAUUCUAUGUCAUAAAUGAAACGAUAUCCGAAACAAGCGCCACGGUAACAUGGCUUCCACAGUUCAAUGGCGGUAUUCGACAGUUAUUUCAACUCCAAUAUCGUGCAUCCUCAAUUGACUCGUGGACCAUUCAUUUUUUCAACGAUACUUCCUCGAAUAUAUUGAAGCCAAUGUAUGCGGCUAUAAACAAUCUUCAAAGUGCAAUGGAGUAUCAUGUGGAGCUAUUCGCCAUUAUGCGAAUGGUCAGUCCAAGCCUCUAA